AUGGCAGAAAUAGCUAGAACAUACCACGAAAACAUACAAAUGACCAACAACUCCCAUCACCAUGACCAGACCCAGCAGAAUGCGAGAAGAACAUCACUAGCAGAAAUACCGGCAAGUCAGAAAAUCGAAACACAAACUAACCAACUCAAUGAACUCUUACAAGAAGAACACGUUCUCAAUGCACUAAUGUCCUCAAAAUCAGGUAGUGCCACUGGUAUUGACGGAAUCCCAUACGAGCUAUGGAAACACCUGCACGACAAAUAUACAGAAGCGAGUAAGAAAAACCAACCAGGUUUCAAUAUAAUCAAAACACUCACCAUCGUAAUGAACGAUAUCCAACUUCACGGAGUCAACCAAGACUUGGACUUCACCCUAGGUUGGAUGUGCCCGUUAUAUAAGAAAAAAGACCGCACUAGAAUAGAAAACUACUGA